CAACCGUGAACAAACAUUGACCAAGCACGCACUGCGCUCCGACGGCUCGCCGCAACAUUCUUAGCGUAAAAGUUAACGUGAAUGGUUUACUCUAUGUAAUUUGCGAUUCGAGUUGAUAUUUCUAGGAUUUUCUAUCGAAUAAUAUAGUGCGAACGAACUAUUGACAUAUAACGAAACUAUAAAACCUCUGUGCACGAUGAGUGCUGCUGAAUCGAAAAAUGUGUUACCAAUGAAAAUGAUGCAAGUUGAAAAAUUCACACAGCGCGCAAUUAUUACACGCAACGUCAAUGUUCAUUAAAGAAGAAAAUGAGUCGAAAUUCAGGACGUAGAAUUCUCGAGUUUCACGAUGACCACUGUUGCACGGGAAAUGUCAUCGGCAAUUUCCGACGCUCUUCCUCACUGCGACUGCGCGGCGAGAAAAUGGUGCAGCGGUCACCAUUAUCUACAAGAAAAUUAAUACCAAUAAUCACGGAAAAUUCACACCACAAGACACGAAGCGAUGGCUCUCGACUACCAGAGCCAAGCCAUCGCCCUCGGAGCCAUUCAUUUAAUUCAAAUAAUCAGGGCAAACCCAGAAAAUCUUGCCUUAAACCACAAGAUCCUUGCUUAGAUAGAAAUCUGAGUAUGACCGAUUCAGCUCAUACACCACCAGGUUCCCCAGAAGAUUUGCCCGAUGAUGAAUCUCUGCAUAGUUAUGGCAGUGCCGCCACUGCUGCCUCGGUUGAUGCAGGCUAUGCCCCAUUUAAUGGAACCACAUUCAGCGGUAGAUCUAUGCGAUAUGUCCUACAUUGCUCAUCUCAUGCAGGACUGGCAGGUGAUGAAUAUCUUACACCAACACAAAGAGCACAGAAACAAAUCCGUCGGUUAAAAGCCUUACUUUGUCAAGCUAAGAAGGAUUUGGAAAAAAAGGAUAGUGAAAUAUUCCAUCUGACUAAAGAAGUAGUAGAACUACGAUUGUACAAAGCAUCAAUAUGUUCCCCUGAUGAAAAAUCAAACUCUAGUGAAAUGGUGACAAUUAGGGAAAAUGCUGGUGAAGCCUCAAUUGAGGAGAGUAUCAAAUGCAAAGAGUCCUGCAGGCAGUAUGAUGUAACCGACAGCCCUCUGUUCAAGGAUCAGACACCCACAAGAUGUCGCAAUGAUAUGCAAGGUUCUUUCACUGACUCUGGACAUUUUGAAGACUUGACAAACUCAUCACUUCACUCCAAGGAGUCUGUUUUGCUUACACAUGAUGCAUCUUGCAUGACCGAAGUGAAUAACAGUGAAGAGGAACGCCGCAUCCUAAUUUCUCAUUAUGAAAGUAAGAUUGAAACAAUGAUGAGAUCUCAUGUAGGGGACACACAGGAACUCAAAAAAGCCCAUAAUGAUAAAGUUGAAGCAUUAUUGCAGAAGUUGGCAGAUGUUAAUACUCGCUACUCAGAAUUACUGCCUAAUUAUGAGCAAGCUAAAGAGAGAAUUCAUACAUUGGAGAAACAAUUGGAGGAUGCCAGCAAACAACUAGAAGAUGAAGAAGGCAGGCACCGCGCUAUGUAUCUGCAGAUGUACAACAAAGGAGUUGAGGCUGCUAAAUUUGAAACAGAGAAAGAAAGCGAAACUGAUGUAGCACAAGGCCAGCUAAACCGAGUAUCAGUAGAAGAAUUACUGACGCAAUUACAAAUUACACAGACUGAGCUCGAAAAUGUCCGAGAUACGGCAUUCACAACGGACCGCUCGACAAAGUCACAAGCACUUCUAAGUGCAAAGGAGGCUGUUUCUUUAUGGGUCCUAGGAGCUCGCAAGGCAAUGUACCGCCGUAUCGUGGAGUCGCAGAAAGGCAAUAAGUCCAAUGUAGACCCCGAGGUAACACUACAGUUCCUGAAGUCCGCUAUAUAUUAUUUUCUCACCGACCCAGAGAAUCAUCAAGGUCAUCUCAAUGCCAUCGAAAAUAUUCUCGGCUUCACCGAAGCGGAAAAAAAGAAUAUUCGCAAAGCCAGAGCUACAUAAGUUGAUUCGGUGAACUGCUGUGAAAGUGUGAUAAUUAUUUCUCCAUAAGUAGGGUACAUUUUUAUUUGCUACUUAGAAGUAUUAUUUAGCAUGUCUUAAGAGACAAUACAUAAUGUCAUAAUAAUGUUUAUUGAGAGCACUUCAUUUAUUUAAGUUAGAAGAUAUAUUAUUUUAUAGCAUGUAAUGCACAUGAACAUUUUAGCAAAGAUUAUAAAAUAUAUAAUCUUUUAGUCUAAAUUUCUUGAUACGAAUUAUAAUACACAUUUUUGUGAUUUUAUUUUCUUGUAGUUUGUAAGCGCCAAAGAUACAUUCCUGAAAUUUAAAUUGUGCAAUUUUGACUUUAUUUUUAGGUUCCAAGAGUACAUUUUACUAUAAAUUACGUUUAUUUGACAGUAUUUUUAAGCGUUAUUCCUCUUGUUUGUUCCUUUAUUUUAUAGUUUUAUUCUUAUUUUGUUGAUUUCACAAUGCAUGUCAUCACUAUUUAUUAAGCCAAAAUAUGACAAUAUCGCAUAAUUUAAACUGUUAUAAACAUUGUAAAAUGUUGAUACACUAUAACAUUGAAGAUUGAUUUCGAAUAACACAAUACGAUCUCUAUGCUUUCAUAUGUUAAUUUUUAAAUAAGUAAUAAUUACUUAGGUUUUUUGUUAUUCUGAUUUGUCUUCAUAAGUUAUUAGUUAAUUAAAUAAAACAUAUUAAAAAGCUACUUAAAUCUUGCCACGUACGCUGUCUGUGAUUAGUGCUUGUGAUCUAUUUAUAUCAAUAAAUUAAAGCCAUAAUAACUUUUUAUACUCUUUUUGAUUUGAAAUUCAAAGAAAAUUAUGUUGUAUUGAUUAAAAAUACCAUCAAAUAUUGAUCAAAAUACCCACUUAAUUACUUUAAAAUGAUUUUAUUAUAGGAAUGAUCGAUGAUUUAUUACUAAUUUUCUAUGCAUGUCAAAUGAAAGAGAUUUAAGACCUUGUAGAGGCUAAAGUAUAAUAUUUAUCUAAGUUCCUUUACUUUGCAUUAUCUUGCCUGCUCUAACAUAAUAGCAAUUUAAAUAAUAGAGUAGUAAAUAUAAGUAUCGGAAUUAAGUAUUAUCUAGGAAAUCUAGUACCUAAGUUAAUUAGGUAUUUUGUUUUUCUGCUCUUUGUCGUUUGACAGUCGCUGGUCGGAUUUGUUUUUGUGACCCUACUUUUACCUUUGUUUUUAAUAAACGAGGAAUGAUUAA